UCUUCUCCUUCUCCACCUUCUCCUUCUCUCUCUCUCUCUAAACCCUAGUGAGAGAGGGGGGUUUGCAGUAGGGCGUUCGAUCCCCAGUUCCGACCUCGACUUCAUCCGCCAUACCCAAAUGUCGAGCAUGUGAAAUCUUGAGGUGGGUAGCGGAGAAAUCUUGAAGCGGCCGAAGGGGCGGUAGAAUGUCGUUCUCUUUCUUCUCGACCCCACAGCCGCCGCCGCCGCAGCAGUCUCCGUCGCUGUUUCAGCCUCAGCAGCAGCAGCAGAGCACACCCAUUUGGUCGCAACAGCCACAGCAGCAGCCCCAGCAACAUAUUCAUCAGCAGCAGCAGCAGCAGCAGCAACAGCAGCAGCAGCUUUAUCUCUUCACGAACGAUAAGACCUCGGCGAGCUACGGCACCAAGUGGGCGGAUCUCCACCCGGAUUCUCAGAAGAUCCUGCUUCAGAUUGAGGAGAAGAUACUAGAAUACAGGGUUGAGAGCCAGAAGCUCGAUCAAUGUAGCCGUCUUUAUGAUUCCUCUGUUUCCAGUGAUGGUUUUGAGCAUGAUGCGAGCCAUAUUGUACAGGAGCUUGGGGGGAUCAGUACCUCUAUGGAACGUCAAAAAGCUUUGCUGCAGGAGUUGAUGGCUGCCGUUAAAGAUAUGCUACGCAACACCGAGGUAGCUGUUCGUUCUUUCAUGAUGCUGCGACCAAGGUUCAUUCAUUCAAAUGCUGGAAGCAGUACAAAUGCCACAGCACCAUCCCAAACUCCGGGAGCAACUGUUACUCCAAGUUCAAGCGGUCAACCAGCAUCAGCCUCUGUAGUUCCCGUAUUUGAUUUCUAUAGUGGACUUCCGAAGAAACCAUCUCCCUUUUUAAAGCAAACAGUGGCCAGAUUUGAGAAGUAUCUCAGUGCAUGCCGCCAGUGGGUCGAAGAGUUGGAGCAGCUCCUGCUGUUAGAUUCGGACAGGAAUGGUACCAAUCUUAGUUCCUCAUUGGUGGAAUCUCUUCCCAAAGUCAUAUCAAAUGUGCAUGAUUUUUUUGUUCAUGUUGCGGCUAAGGUGGAGAGCAUUCAUCAAUACAUCGGAUCAAUGAAAACUGCAUAUCUUGCUGACCAACGCCAUCGAGGCGAUGGGAAUGAUCCAUUUCUUGAGGCAGACAGACGCGAGACCGCCAGACAAGAAGCUGCUGCCAAGAGGGUACAUCCAACCUUGCAUUUGCCUCCAGUUCCUCAACCUUCAACACAAGUUGCUGGGCUUUUUGCCAGCUCUGCUACUCCAGGGUCGUCGAUUGCUCCCCAGACAUCCGGCGCAAUUGUAACUGCAUCAUCUGGAAGUGGUUUAUCGCUUUUUAGCACACCAUCUUCGGCUCCUUCUCUGUCGUCAUCUUCUUUAUUUGCAACACCCAGCACGUCAGCUCCAGCUUCUUCUCUUUUUGGAACCGCCGGCGCUUCUCCUCAGACACCACAUUUUGGUUCUUCACCGGCUUCUUUAUUUGGGUCUGCGUCGACUCCCUCAUUGUUCGGAAGUAGUGCUCCAUCUUUAGGUUCUACCCCUGCUGUUGGUGGUUCACUCUUCUCCACACCAUUUGCAUCAGGUGCUGCAACUGGAUCCGGGGCAAGCUUUGGCAAUGUAUCUAAAUCAGCUAGGCCAAAGUCUCGCACAGCUCGUCGUUAGCGAGUGGGAUUCACAUGACUAACUCUGGCUGCUAUCAUCUCACCCCUCCUAAAUCGUUUUCCAGCCACCUUUACCAUAGAAAAGCAGAAAGCUCGGAGAGGUAGCCGAAUGUGCUUCAAAGAGUUGCGAUCUGAUUCUUUUUUUUAUUUUUUUGUGGGACUAGUGGAGAUCACCUCUCUUCUUCUGGGAGGUCGACAUCAAGAACAUGUUACUAAACUGUGAGAAAUAUAGCGGAUCUCUUUUGUACCUUUAAAUUCACAUUUAGGUUUAGUGUCCGAGUACACUUUCAGUAACAUUGUAUGAUCGUAUCUUGUAAAAUGGCCUUAUCAACUGAAUUUCCUUGAAGAAGUUUGAAGUUCACGCC